GGAAAACAAAAUUAAUACCAUAAUUACUUUUACUUUUUCUAAAAGAAAAAUACAAAACUCUUCCAUAUUUGGCUAACCUCUUUCUUGGAGGAAAGGUUUUGGACGCCUAUAAAUAGAAAACCCCCUUUUCUCGUACCACAACACAAUAACAUCCACAAUGUAGUUGUUAAAAGAGUCUUAUUUAACGGAAGAUUUUCUCCCAAUAAAUUUUAAUUUGUAGGCCUACUGGUCAAUCAUGUCAAAUAAUAUAUUUAUUAUUAUAAUUUUUUUUGUCAUCUGAAUUAUGCAUUUAUGGUUUGCAAACUAAUAGCUACUGCAUCACACCUUCUUAGUUUUGAACCCAACACAUCGGUGGGUCAAAGCAUUGUUAAACCUCUUCUAAGACUAGGAAAGAAAGGGUAGUUGUAACAACCAGUAUUCUAAACACAUGUACUCAGAAAAUUGUUGAAGUAGAAAUCGGUAGCAAUCAACUGUUCACAAUCAGCAGUGGUUGAGGACUUUCUUAAAAAAAUAUUAAAGGACAACACAAAAUUCAUGGAUCAUGUUAAACUAUUAAGAGAUGAUUGAUCUUCAUAUCAAGUCCUUAAACCUUUUUUUUCUUUAGACUAAAAAUGGCUUCUGCAUCACAAAACACCAAAAGUAGUCUUGUCCACGUCUUUCUUGUUGCAUUUUCGGGUCAAGGAAAUGUUAACCCUCUUCUUAGACUAGCGAAGCGCCUUGCUAGCAAGGGCAUGCUGGUCACCUUCUGUGCACCCGAAAGAGUUGGAAAAGAGAUGAAAGCUGUUGAUGAGAAUUCGAUAACUGAUCAACCAACUCCGUAUGGAGACGGUAUGAUCAGAUUUGAAUUCUUUGAGGAUGGAUCUGCAGACGAUUCUGAUCAAUCCAAAAUUUUUGAUUUUGACUUGAGGAUGGAAAUGCUUGAGCAAGCCGGGCGAAGGAACUUGCCUAAACUACUGAAGAAUCAAGAAGACGAAGGUCGUCCUGUUUCCUGUGUAAUCAACAAUCCAUUCAUUCCAUGGGUAAGUGAAAUUGCUGAGAGUCUUGGAAUACCUAACGUGUUGCUUUGGGUUCAAUCUUGUGCCAGCUUUUCAAUUUAUUAUCAUUAUCAUUUCAACCUAGUGCCCUUUCCAAGUGAAUCUGAACCUGAAAAAGACAUCAUCCUACCUAGAAUGCCUGUUUUGAAAUAUGAUGAACUGCCUACGUACCUACACCCAUCGAGUCCCGUCCAAUCUUUGAAACGGGCCAUGUUGGCUCAAUUCCACAACUUGUCAAAACCGUUUUGCAUACUGAUGGACUCAUUCCAAGAACUUGAAGAUGAAGUGGUAGUGCAUAUGUCGAAAUUUUGCCCCAUUAGAACUAUUGGUCCCCUAUUAUUCAAUGAACCUGAAAUUGCUAGCCCCACGGACAUUCAUGUCAGCGGGGAUUGCAUGAAAAUAGAGGAGGAUUGCAUCGAGUGGCUCGACUCAAAACCUCCAUCUUCAGUUGUUUACAUUUCAUUUGGUAGUAUUGCCGUUCCUGAGCAAAAACAAGUAGAUGAGAUCGCGUUGGGGUUAUUAAAUUCGGAGGUAUCUUUCUUGUGGGUCAUGAAGCCGCCCCCUGAAUAUUCUGCAUUUCAGCCUGUUGUGUUACCUGAUGGAUUUCUUGAGAAAGUUGGUGGCAAGGGAAAAAUAGUGAAAUGGUGUCCACAAGAACAAGUUUUAUCUCACCCUUCUGUCGCCUUUUUUCUCACACAUUGCGGCUGGAAUUCGUCAAUGGAGGCCAUUUCCACUGGCGUUCCCAUCGUGGCUUUCCCUCAAUGGGGCGAUCAAGUCACGAACGCAAAGUAUUUAAUCGAUGUGUUCAAAAUGGGGAUCAGAUUAAGCAGAGGUGCGCUUGCGAAUAGGACAGUUACAAGUGAGGAGAUUGAAAAUUGCUUGCGUGAAGCCACUAGCAAAGAAUCAAAGGUUGCUGAGAUGAAAGAAAAUGCGUGCAAGUGGAAGAAGAUAGCUAAGCAGGCAAUGGCCAAGAGCGGCUCGUCUGACAAAAAUAUGCAAGCAUUUGUGGAUGAGCUGAAAAAACUUCAUGCCAAGAAACAAAAAGAAAACUCGCAGUGAUGUUUCUGAAUGUAUUAUGUCCAUGUUUCACCGUAGAACUUGGGAUGAAGUCAUAACUAUUGUCAAGAAAAUUAGCUCGUUUUGUAUGAACUCAACACAUCUUAAAUUAUUGUUGAAAACAAUCAUUUUUCAGUUAAAAUGAAUUGGUUGUACCUAUCGAAUAAUGUAUGGAUGUGACUAAUUCGCCGUUUCCUCGGUUUUCCCUGUA